UGCAAUAGUUUUUUUUGUGAAAUAGUUCUUUUAUAUAUAUAUAUAGAAGAAGAAGAAGAAGAACAAGGGGAAGCAGCAGAUUUUCUCCCCUUUACUUAUUUAUUUUUCUGUGUCGUGCUGAAAAGGCGUUGGAGUGAGUGGGGGGGCAUUUUACACAAAUUAAACAUGCUACUCUGCUUCGCCCUAUAAGCAUCCUAGGAGCCUGUGCUCACCGAUCAAUCGGCGGUACAGUCAAACGGAGCCGCAGCCUGCGCGCCAGAGUGGAGACCUUCAGUCUCGCUUCGUUUCUGGAUAUUGGGGGACCUCUCUACCAUGUCAUAUCCACAAUUUGGAUAUCCCUACUCGUCUGCUCCACAAUUUCUGAUGACAAGCAACUCUCUGACCGCCUGCUGCGAGUCCACCGGCAGAUCCAUAACCGACGCCGGGGUCGCGGCGUCCGGGCAGACACCCGUCUACUGCCCCGUGUACGAGAGCCGGCUGCUGGCCACGGCGAGGCACGAGCUCAGCUCGGCCGCCGCGCUCGGCGUGUACGGGAGCCCCUACGCCGGCGGCCAGAGCUAUGGGAAUUACGUGACGUACGGCACGGACGCCUCGGCGUUCUACUCGCUGGGCACAUUCGAUGCCAAAGACGCCACCGCUUCUGCGCAUGCGGGAAUAACCCAGGCGACGACCUACUACCCUUAUGAUCCUACCCUGGGACAGUAUCAGUAUGACAGAUACGGUUCCAUGGACGGGGGGACGAGGAGGAAGAACGCCACGCGCGAGACGACCAGCACGCUGAAGGCCUGGCUGCAGGAGCACCGGAAGAACCCGUACCCCACCAAAGGCGAGAAGAUCAUGCUGGCCAUCAUCACCAAGAUGACGCUGACGCAGGUGUCCACGUGGUUCGCCAACGCCAGGCGGCGGCUCAAGAAGGAGAACAAGAUGACGUGGCCGCCCAGGAACAAGGGCUCCGAGGAGAAGCGAUACGACGAGGACGAGGACGGGUCCCAGGAGGAGCAGAUCAAAAGUGAAAACAACGAGGAUGAGACGAGGAGCCGCGCCGACAAGGACCUGCAGCUGAGCGACCUGGACGACUUCGACGCGCUGGAGUCGGAGAGCUCGGAGUGCGAGCUGAAGCACCGGUACCACAUGAACGCGCACAUGACGACCACCGCCGACUGCCCCGCGGAGCACCUCGCCAAGGACUCGAGCCUGAAGAUCUCCAUCCCCAUUUCCCUCGGCGGGGAGCAGGACUUGGGCAAGAGUUGCCUCAAGGCGACGAGCCCAGAGGACUUCCAAGCGGACAGCAGGCUGCAGGCCAAGGCGUGUUACACCCACCAGCACCACCAGCACCACCACCAGCAGCACCAGCAGCACCAGCACCAGCAGCAGGGCCACCAGAUACUGGACGGCAAGCCCCGCAUCUGGUCCCUGGCCCAGACUGCCACGUCCCUGAACCAGACUGAGUAUCCGUCCUGCAUGCUGAGGUGCCAGCCGCCGCCGCCGCCCUCCUCCUCCUCCUCCUCCCUCGCCCCGUCCCCCGCCGCGGCCUCGCCCGGGGCCGGCCCGGACAACAGGCAGGACUCGCCGGUCACCACGCUGAGGAACUGGGUGGACGGGGUCUUCCACGACCCCUUGUUCAGGCACAGCACUUUGAGCCAGGCCCUGACCAGCACCGCCGUCUCUUGGAGCGCGGACGCCAAGGGCGCAGCGCUGGAGGCGGAGAGGAGCGCGGCGGUCCUGCAGCAGCAGCAGCAGCAGCAGCAGCAGCAGCAGGACUCGUCCAAAGACAGUGGCAUGGGUUUCCCCAAAAGCAUCAACAAACUCUUCUGCUCCUAACGAAACCAAAAUGACCCUUUGGAUGCGAAAAAAGAGAACAGACUGGGACCGGCUGAAAAGUCGGAUGGAAGAGCCUAUGGCGUCUCCAUGUUCCCCUCAUUAUGUUUUAUUCGGUUUUUUUUUAUUGUUUUUUUUUUUUAUAAAGCAAUGGUAGCUAUAAUAUGCUGUUACAUCGGCGUCACACGAGUGAGCUAUGUCCGGAUCCGUUUGGUUUCUCUUGAUUCAUCGCACGCACAAAACCCUAUCGAAGUGUAUAAAAUGAAAAAAAAAAAAUUACACCUUGGUUCAGAAAAAAAAAAAAAAAUUAAGGCCUGAGGUUUACGUUCUUUUUUUUUUUUUUUUGGAAUUAUUAUUUUUUCUUUACUAUGCGCAUGCAAAUGUAAUUGAAUAUCAUUUAGGGUCGCAAGCAGUUGAGUAUCACUGUUAAAUGAAAAAAAAAAGAAUGAAAAAAAAGUCUCACAAAAAUGCACAGCUCUCCUGGGAGGAGGACGAGCGCGUUCUGAACUUUGUUCACUGGAAAUAAAAAAGAGCAGUCGGUUUCUGACGUGGCGUUCGUGGUGGGAGUUGCUGUCCAUGGUGCUGAACUGCAGGCCUCGACACUCACACAUAUGUAUAUAUAUAUAUAUGUAUUCUUUCUUUGUAUUUCUUUCCAUAUACAAACUACGUCCCGUCUUCUCGGAAGCGCGAGGGGCCUUUCCGAAAUGGAGGUCAGAGCAGGUGUAUCAGUCCGUGUUCAUUCGAACCCGUUCAAACGCGCUUCAACGUCUCCAACCCCUUUGAAUAGAAUUAUUCCUUUUCCCCUCCGGAAACCACUGGCUCUCAUUCAGUGACCUCGAGGAAACGAGGCGGC